CCCCGCCACACGGGCCGAAGUUCAGGGGCAGAGAUGGCGGGGCUCCGGCGCUGGGCCCCUCCAGCCCGCUAGCGGACCGCUGGGGGUGGAAGUCCCGCUCCGGGGCGGGGCAGGCCUGGGUCGCCCAGUUCCUGAUUCUAUAAACGGUGCCGGGGGCUGGCGGGGCCACAGGAGCCGGGGCUGUGGGAUGCGAAGGAUGGGCCCGCGCUGCGCGGCGAGUCUGCUCCGAGGCCCCAGCCCGCAGCGGCCGCUCCUCUCCACUGUCCUCCCGCUGCUUUUGCUGCUGCUGCUGCUGCUGCCGCUGCCGGGGUCGAGCACCACAACCGGCCGGCCGCCCCACCUGGUCUUCGUGCUGGCGGACGACCUGGGCUGGAACGACGUGGGCUUCCACGGCUCCGGCAUCCACACGCCGCAACUGGACGCGCUGGCCGCUGGCGGGGUGCUCCUGGACAACUACUACACGCAACCGCUGUGCACGCCGUCGCGGAGCCAGCUGCUCACCGGCCGGUACCAGAUCCAUACAGGUUUACAGCACCAAAUAAUCUGGCCUUGCCAGCCCAGCUGUGUUCCUCUGGAUGAAAAACUCCUGCCCCAGCUUCUGAAAGAAGCAGGCUAUACUACCCACAUGGUUGGAAAAUGGCACCUGGGAAUGUACCGGAAAGAAUGCCUUCCAACCCGCCGAGGAUUUGACACCUACUUUGGAUAUCUCCUGGGUAGUGAAGAUUACUAUUCCCAUGAGCGUUGUACUUUAAUCGAGGCCCUGAAUGUCACACGAUGUGCUCUUGAUUUUCGAGAUGGUGAAGAAGUUGCAGCAGGAUAUAAAAAUAUGUAUUCAACAAACAUAUUUACUGAAAGGGCUGCAGCCCUAAUAGCAAGUCAUCCACCAGACAAGCCUCUAUUUCUCUACCUUGCUCUCCAGUCUGUGCAUGAGCCUCUUCAGGUCCCUGAGGAAUACCUGAAGCAAUAUGACUUCAUCCAAGAUAAGAACAGGCGACACUAUGCAGGAAUGGUGUCCCUUAUGGAUGAAGCGGUGGGAAAUGUUACUGCAGCUUUAAAAAGCCACGGGCUCUGGAAAAACACGGUGUUCAUCUUCUCCACAGAUAAUGGAGGGCAGACUUUGGCAGGGGGCAAUAACUGGCCCCUUCGAGGAAGAAAAUGGAGCCUGUGGGAAGGAGGUGUUCGAGGGGUGGGCUUUGUAGCAAGCCCUCUGCUGAAACAGAAGGGUGUGAAAAACCGGGAGCUCAUCCACAUUUCCGACUGGCUGCCGACUCUCGUGAAGCUGGCUGGGGGACACACAAAUGGCACCAAGCCCCUGGAUGGCUUCAACAUGUGGAAAACCAUCAGUGAAGGAAGCCCGUCACCAAGAAUGGAGCUGCUGCAUAACAUCGACCCGAAUUUCGUAGACUCUGCACCCUGUCCUGGGAACAGCACGGCUCCGGCAAAAGACGGUUCUUCUCUUCCAGAAUUUUCAGCCUUCAACACAUCUGUCCAUGCUGCAAUUAGACACAGAAACUGGAAACUCCUGACGGGCUACCCAGGCUGUGGUUACUGGUUUCCACCACCAUCUCAAUCUAAUGUUUCUGAGAUACCAUCAAUGGACCCACCAACCAAAACCCUCUGGCUCUUCGAUAUUGAUAAGGACCCGGAAGAAAGACAUGACCUGUCAGGAGAACACCCUCAUAUUGUGGAAAGGCUCCUUUCCCGCCUGCAGUUCUACCAUAAACACUCAGUGCCUGUGUACUUCCCCCCGCAGGAUCCCCGCUGUGAUCCAGCCAGCACUGGGGUUUGGGGCCCUUGGAUGUAGGAUUCAGGCAUCUUGGGAAGGUUAGAAAACCCUUCUGUUGCAAGUUGGUCCUCGUGUGACUCUCAUUUGUUUCCCAACCUGGGCUCACCUGGCCCUUUUCCUGUUCCUAAACCACACAGAGGUGUCUAAUUUCAACCCCUCAUGCAUUGAAAAAGUGGAUAAUACCUGGAACACUCCUGCUGUUGGCUGGGGCAUGUGUCUGGAGGAGAGGGUGGCCAGGUUCAUCUCCUUUUUUCCUAGGCUGUGGACAGCUGGGAACUUGACUUGCAAUAAGAGGUUCUGAGUCCUGGAGGCUGGAGCAGCUGGCUCUUUUUCCCUCACAAGUCAGACGUUCCAUUUCCCUUCUGCCAGUUGCAUGGUUUUAUUGGAGUGACUCACAUUUCUUGUAACUAAACAAAGAGAGCAGAUAGUUUUUAAUGGGUAUGUUGGCCAUGGCUUCUCCCUGUCUGUGAGAAAUCAUAUUCAGACAUUCCACGUGAAUAACCCUCCUUGGAUUGCACCUGCUCGCUCAUCCCAUCACAUAGUAUGAGGCCCAUUUCAUUGUUAGGGUCAACAAAGCAAUUAUGCCUCAGCCUUGGUUUUGGUUUUUACAAUAAAGAAUGUUUUUUACCCCAAGUUUACCCCCAACCGCCUGGCUGUUGCUCAUUUUGUCUAGACUUCCUGCCAUCCAACUCCCCUGCAGCACUUUUCCUACCUUCCUUUUGGCUCAGGUGUCCUGCACCCAGAAAGGCUGCUAUGCCUGUCUACUUUGAGCACCACUGAUUUGGGGAACACUGCUGAGCCCUGCCUUCCUUUUGACCCUAAUAAACCAUGUGACUGUGGCACCAACCCUGUUGCUGAAGCUAGAGCCCUGCCCAGAGACGGUGGUCGAGUCUGGCUUUGUGAGCCUGCUUGUGGUGGACAUAGACAGACCUGGAUAUGUCAUGCUCACUUCUGUGUCAUUGGCACAGUGAGGUUUUUUCCCUGAGUUGCAUGGAGUGUCUUUCAUGACUGUGGCUUUAUCUCAUAAUAUAUUGAGUGGAACCGCUGUUCCCUAGCAGUGAAGCAAACCCCCAGGAUAUUUACAAUUUUGCCAUUAAAUGGUGGAAGUGGGCAGUUUGAAAAAGGAAACGGCCAGUGUCCGGGAUACUGGGCCUUGGAAAGCAAAGGAAGCCACAUCUACAUUUGUUUUAUUCUCUCAGUUUUCCUACCUUUGAGUUUCCAGGGUUGGAAAAAGAGGAUGUAGUUUGACCUGCCCACCCAUUUCAGUACAGUUCUGUCCCACUAACAAGGAUCAAUCCAGAUUUGCUUCAGAGUAUGUCAAACUCAGAGAAAUGCAUGCAAAAACAAUGUUCUACACCUUCUGCAUUAGCUGCACUGUUUUGUUCACUGCUUGUAAUCAAUGCCUAGAACAAUGUCUAGUACAUAGAAAACACUCAAAAAACAUUUUUUAAUGAGUGAAUGACUAGAUGGACAAAUGACAAAAUGAGAAGUCUCAUACAAUGGAAGAUGCUAGACCAAUGAGCUGAAUAUAGGGAUCCUACAAAUGUCCUUCAACUACCAUUUUCUGUUGUCAAGCUGCCCUCCUUGGGUAGGAGCAUAGUCAGAAUGUCUGGGCAGUUGUAGGACACUCCGUAGCAAGACUGUAAUGUCCUCUUCUGGGAGGAAAAAAGAAAUAUGCCCACGGUCUUAGUUUCCAAGCUGUUAUGACAAAUACCACGCAAUGGAUUUGCUUAACAACAGGAAUUUAUUGGCCCACGGUUUCAGAGGCUAGAAGGCUUGCUCCUCUUGGGGUAGCAUUCUGGCUUGCUGGCAGUCCUUGGGUUCCUUGGCUUUCCUGUCACCUGGAAUGUCCUCUCCUUUCUGUUCCAGGUUUGGUUGAUCUCCUGCUCCCAACUCCUCCAUGUGGCUUUCUCUUCCAUUUCCAAUUUCCAUUGCUUAUAAGGACUUCAGCCGUAUUGGAUUAAGGCCCACCCUCAUUCAGUUUGGGUACACCUUAACUAAUAAUAACAUCUUCAAAGGUUAUAUUUGCAAAUGGGUUCACACCCACAGGACUAGGGGUUAGGACCUGAGCCUGUCUUAUAUGAGGGACAUAGUUCAGUCCCUGACACUGAACAAAGGUAAUAUCUUGCCUUCUUUCUUCUAGGAGGCAAGGAAUGAAAACAUCAAAUACUCUUCAGUUAUAUUCUUCAAAAAGUACACUAGGAGCUAAAACUAUUCAAUGAUAUCUUAUAGGCCUUUGUAAAGCUAUCCUUCAAUUCAUAGCAAUAUUUUCUCUUUACAACUAACCUGUAUUUUAAAAUAUGACUGCUGGCAGGAAAUGGUGCUAGAACUAAUGAAACCUAUUACCAGCUUAUACCCCUCUCCAGAGUUGGGAAAUACCUGGCCAAUAUGCUAUCACCUGUCACUCCCCAACCUGUGGCAGAUAUUGUGAACUGAGCCCAGUGGAUCCUUCUGGAUCCUUUUAAUCACAGGGCUGCCUGUGGCCACUAAUAUUAGAUUCAAGGACAUCACUACGUGAGAUCUAUUUGCUCUCCCUAUUGUACUCCGAACAGCAGUCUCCAUUUGAGUUCUCUUGUUGCUAUGUACAAUGCAAAUGUUGCACAGUCAAUGGAUUUCAAAGGACUUUUAAAGAUUUUUAAAUUUUUUUUAAUUUUUAAAAAUUUUUUGUAAAAAUAUUGAGAUUUAGUUUUAUCCAUAAUAGAAUGUGUGUAGAUUUUCUUAUUCUCUACAAGAAUGUGCAAAGUGUCAUAUGUUGUCAUUAGAAAUGUUAAUGUUCUUUCUUUCCAAAAUUUUUCACCUUUAGAGAAAGUUUUAUUUAAUCAUGGGCUAGUUUUAAUUUGUUACCACACGGUUGCUCCAGAUUCGGGAGACAAAAUAAAAUUAAAUUCAUCUUUUAAACUUUAUCAGUCAUGGGCUUGGAGUUUCCAUUUGGAGUAAUAAAAAAGUUCUGGAAGUAGAUAGCGGUGAUGGUUUCACAACAUUGUGAAUAUACAUAAAGCCACUGAAUUGUACACUUUAAAAUGGUAAAAUGUUGAAUUGGAUGUGUAUUUUACCACAAUAAAAAAUGUGUCAUACAA